AAUGUAGGGCUUCUAAUUUCGGUAACUUCAGAGAAAAUAAAUGCUGUCACAACUGGUUACAAUGAAAGCAUUUACGCACUGUUUCAAAAUUGAAACAAGAAACAUGUGUAAAUAUUAAGAAUCAUUCUUCAAAGCUUGUUUUAUUUUUCUUAAUUCAAAGAAAAUACCGGAGUGUUACACUUUCCCGGUGAUGUAAAAACACAGUAAAAACGUUUACAGUGUUAUGACAAUUAUUAAAUAACACUGUCCGUAUAACAGUAAUAUAAUAGUGCAAUCUGGAACGAUAAAAAAAAUACUUUUCACUGUUGAAGUAUUAUAAAUGGCCCUAUUAUUCACAAGCAUGUGGGACUCUACAAUGUUUUUAAGCACCUUAACCCCAAAAUUUUAUGUCGCCCUUACUGGAACAUCAUCUCUAAUCUCCGGAUUAAUCCUUAUUUUCGAAUGGUGGUACUUUAGAAAAUAUGGUACUUCAUUUAUUGAACAAGUAUCAUUAAAUCACAUUUCUCCAUGGAUUGGAGGAGGUGACAGCGGGUCAGAUGGAAAUAAUUCAAAUUUGAAUGGUUCCAAUUCCAAUCAGCAAAAUGUUCCAGAAUGUAAAGUUUGGCGUAAUCCGAUCAAUUUAUUUAGAGGGGCUGAAUAUCAGAGAUUUUAUUGGGCUACAAAUAAAGAACCAUUAACAUAUUAUGAUAUGAACUUAUCUGCUCAAGAUCAUCAAACAUUCUUUACCUGUGAAGGUGAUACAGGUAAGGCUGAAUAUGAAAUAAUGCAAACUGCUUGGAGGGAACGCAAUCCAGUAGUGCGAAUAAAAGCUGCGCAUAGUGCUCUUGAACGUAAUCCUGAUUGUGCCCCUGCAUAUAUAUUGCUUGCAGAAGAAGAAGCUACUACCAUUGUAGAGGCAGAAAAGAUUUUGAAGCAGGCUUUAAAAGUAGCUGAAAAUAAUUAUAGGAAAUCUCAAAGUACGCAACAUCAAGGAUCAAUUGCAGAAGCUAUACAUAGAAGAGAUACAAAUGUAUUGAUAUAUAUUAAACGAAGAUUAGCUAUGUGUGCACGAAAAUUAGGAAAAUUAAAAGAAGCUGUGAAAAUGUUUAGGGAUUUAACAAAAGAGGUUCCACCAAUUAUGAAUGUUCUAAAUAUUCAUGAAAAUUUAAUUGAAGCUUUAUUAGAAAUGCAAGCGUAUGCAGAUGUUCAAGCAGUAUUAGCAAAGUAUGACGACAUAAGCUUACCAAAAUCAGCAACUAUUUGUUAUACAGCAGCAUUGUUGAAGGCGCGAGUAGUUGCUGAUAAAUUUUCAACAGAUAUAGCUAGUAAAAGGGGGUUGACCACUCCAGAAAUGAUAGCAGUUGAAGCUAUUCACAGAGCUGUUGAAUUUAAUCCUCAUGUACCUAAAUAUUUACUAGAAAUGAAACCUUUAAUUUUACCUCCUGAACACGUCUUGAAACGAGGCGAUUCGGAAGCAAUUGCAUACGCAUUCUUUCAUCUUGCUCAUUGGAAGCAAAUGGAAGGUGCUCUUAAUUUAUUACAUUGCACUUGGGAAGGUACAUUUAGAAUGUUACCUUAUCCUUUAGAAAGAGGACAUUUAUUUUAUCCAUAUCCAACUUGUACAGAAUGCGCUGAUCGCGAACUUCUACCUUCGUUUCACGAUGUAAGCGUUUAUCCUAAAAAAGAGUUACCCUUUUUUAUUUUAUUUACAGCUGGUUUAUGCUCCUUUACAGCACUCUUAGCACUUUUAACGCACCAGUAUCCUGACACUAUGGGUGUAGUUGCACGAUCAAUGCUUGCCUGGUUUUCUCAUCCAUUUUAUUAUAUUUUAGACAAGUUGGAAGCAAUUUGGCCUUCUAAUUUAUUACAACAGCUCUCUAGAAUAUAAGACAUUUAUAUGAUCUCUGUAAUCAUGACUUAUUGUGAUAUUUAUGAUACUUAUGCUUUCAUCGUCAUGUACAUCACUUAUAUAUUUACAUCCGUACUUUCCGAAUUUCUUAUGACUGAUAUCGUAAUACAUAUGUAUUUACAGAAUUAACUAUUUACUUAACGUUGCCGGUUAAAAACGUCAUGUAGCGAUCAAUGUACAAUCAAAUAAAAAUUUGAAUAUCUUUGAA